AUGGCUUGCAUCUUAUCCGGUAGAGGAGAGCAUAGAAGAGAAAUCUUCGUCAGGGUGAGAUCGCCAAAGGUGGCAGGAAAAUGUUUAGAGAAAAUGGCUCAGACUUCUCAUGGUGGUCCAUUCUCACCAUCUCCAGCAACCAAAACUCCAUCUUCUUCAUUCACACUGGAGAAAAACAUAUAUCCAAACAUGGUUAUACCUAAAAAGGCCUCAAUCAUCCCACUAGUGCUGGCUUUGAUCGUAGCCACGUCCUACGCCCGAAACUCACGGCGAGAUUUUCUCAGGGCUCACAACAGGGCUCGAGACGAUGUCGGGGUUGGUCCCAUGAGAUGGGACCCAGACUUAGCCAAAUACGCACAAGACCACGGCAACAAGCUCAAGGUAAGUUGCAGGAUAGUGCCGUCCGCUGGCCCUUACAGCGAGAACCUCGCACGGAACCGCGGCGACCUUACAGCAUCCAGGGCGGUGAAUAUGUGGGUGUCGGAGAAGCCAAACUAUGACUACGAGUCGAACUCUUGCAAGGGAGGACCGUGCCUGCAGUAUACUCAGGUGGUUUGGAAGAAAUCGAUUUGGCUCGGAUGUGCUAAGGUUCGGUGCGACAAUGGACUAGGCACCAUCAUCAUUUGCAUCUAUAACCCAAAAGGGAACAUCAAAGGGAACGUCCUUAUGAUGUUUCAAUUUCAAGUGCCCUCGAGCUUUGAGAAUGAUGAUGGAAUAAAUAUAUGUUGCUAUUGUGGAUUAAUGAAAUAA